AGAAAAUUUAAACAAUUCAGAAAAUUAUUUUUACAGUUCUGUGGGGUGGGGGGGGGGAUGAAACCAUUUGUGGACUCUUGAUGUUCCCACGGUCUCGGUGGCGACACAGGCAGGAAGAGAAUUGCCCAGAUGAUGUCGUGACAACCGACUGCAUGACUGUCUGAAAACUGGGUGGCUGGGCACUGGGGUGUACACCCGUGAUAGGUAGACGAGAUCCACACGGCGACAACAAGAGGUAGUCUCAAGGGAGAUCUUGGAGUUAAAAAAGUAAAUUCAUCAAAUAUUCUUUUAACAAUCACAUAUUUUGAUUAACAUGGUAUAAAGUAAUGCUUUAUAUAAUGUUUUUAACUUGAUAUAAGAUUAUUUGCACAUAACUUGUUUAACCUGGUAGACGGUUAUCCUUUAUAGAUUAUGUGUAAUGUGGUCUAAGGUUAUUUUCACAUAUUUUGUUUAACUUGGUAUAAGCUUAUGUUACAUAUAUUUUGUUUGAUGGCAAUAGAGAAUUUCCUUCUAUAUACAACACAAUGUUUGGACAUAUCAAUGUUCUUCAUAAAAAUAAAACAAAUUGUAUUAAGUUUUGUUAACUGAAAAAUGCUUGUAAUUGUUAGCUUAACAUUGGCAUCACAUAUAAAGGAGCGCCCUGAUUUAAUAUUAACACCAAAUAUAAAUAGGCGCCCUGAUUUAACAUAAACACCAAAUAUAAAGAGGCGCCCUGAUUUAACAUUAACACCAAAUAUAAAGAGGCACCCUGAUUUAACAUUAACACCAAUUAUAAAGCGGCGCCCUGAUUUAACAUUAACACCAAAUAUAAAGAGGCGCCCUGAUUUAACACCAAAUAUGAAGAGGCGCCCUGAUUUAACACCAAAUAUAAAGAGGCGCCCUAAUUUAACAUUGACACCAGGUAUACUUACUGGUAUAAAAUGUAUUUCCACCUGAUCAAGUUACCUCAAAAAAGCAAAUAUAACAUUUCAGAAAUAUGUUUUUGAUUUAAAUGCCAUUAAUUUUAGAAUUUAAAAACAUUUAAACCUUUCUUAAUUAAACAAAAAUAAAACAAUAAUAAAAAUAAUUUAGUUAUUUUACAAACCUUUCUGAUCUGGAUCCCUUCGGUGCGCAUUCUAGGUAGAAAUAGUACCCUUUGUCUGCUGUUAUUGCGUACAGUGGCAGUGUUGUAUGGUUACUCUCUCAGGCCGCGAUAUUGGGAAUGCCCUAUUGUAUGGUGCGUACUGCGAACUAUGUGGCGCGCAGUUUUCAUUGAUACAUUUUAAAAUUAUUCCACAACCUCUUUAAAAAAAUGUCGUAAAUAACGCCAUUAAAAUACAUCGAUUUAAAAAAGAUAGCGAUUUGCCCUGCUGACGCCAACUCCUGGGAACACACCGGGGCGUGGUCGUACACCAAUGUAACUUUGUAACGGGGCGUGACUUACACCAAAUGUAACUUUGUAACGGGGCGUGACUUAUACCAAAUAUAACUUAGUUACGGGGCGUGACUUAUACUAAAUGUCAUUUUGUAACGGGGCGUGACUUACACCAAAUGUCAUUUUGUAACGGGGCGUGACUUAUACCAAAUGUCAUUUUGUAAUGGGGCGUGACUUAUACCAAAUGUAACUCAUAAAUAUUGCCACAACUUUUAGUUUCACAUUUGAUGACGCAAUCGUUGAUAUUUUCUGAACUCUCCAAUCUUUUAAACAACAUCGGUUUGGUAAAGUUGGUGAUGGUGACCUCUUUAGAAAAGGAAUGUGGGGCCAUUUAAUUUUUUUGCGUAAAUGAAUUAUAUAGUUGUACAUAUAAUGUAUAGUAUCCUCGCACAUAAAGUAUAUCAUAUCCUAGCACAUAUAAUAAAUAAUAUCCUAGCACAUUUAAUGUAUAAUAUCCUAGCAAAUAUAAUGUAUAAUAUCCUAGCACACAUAAGGUAUGAUAUUGCAGCACAUAUAAUGUAUAAUUUCCUAGCACAUAUAAUGUAUAUUAUCCCAGCACAUAUAAUGUAUAUUAUCCUAGCACAUAUAAUGUAUAGUAUCCUAACACAUAUAAUAAAUAAUAUCCUAGGACAUAUGCAUGUUCAAAUAUUUCAAUGAAUAGAUUCAAAAAAUGCGCUGCAAAAUUCAUUGAAAAGCGACCAGACACAAUAAUGUCAUUCAGGCAUUGACGCCAUUUUGAAUUCUCGAAUGGGAUGUAACUCUUACAGUGGUCACGAUUUCUUUUCAACACACGAGUGACGAAGGGCAAUUUUUUAACACCAUAAAAUUGUUUCCAAGUUCAAGGCCAUCUCUUUUUAACCUUGUUCCUUAAAGCAGACGUUACGUACACAUAUUCUAUUCUAAGAUGUGAAGCAAACGUCACGGGCACAGAUUCUAUUCUAAGAUGUGAAGCAGACGCACAUCAUGACAUCUCAGUUACCUUUCCGCCAUUUACUGUAACAUGUUUAAAAUGUUGACAACAUUGACAGCUGUCACAUAUUGUCCACGACUAAAAUGACACCCAGCUCUUACGAGCAAUGACAUCGUCUCCGUAUUGAAUAUGACAAUAUGUCACGUAAACAGUUCAUAGAGCGACAUAAAGGUGUUCUUCAGCUAUAAUAGAUCAGAAGAAAUAGUCAAGAGUCUAUGGAAUCGAAAUCAGUAUCGAAAUGACCCAAGUUCGUUUUGUUACAAAUGGAGCAGUUUGAUACGGUAAUCCUGUUACAAAGCCGGUAAUAUUCAACAUACCGGUAAUGAGACAUAGCAUAAUUGGACAUACUGUUAAUUAUGACAUAACAUGACAUAAUUUAACAUAAAAUGAUAGUUUGGCUUAAUUUGUUUUGAUUUGCUGAACUUUGUUUAGUUGUCUCUUUAAUUUAAUAUAGUAUAUAAUAAUUUAUUUUUUAAACAUGCGAGUGGCGGAACUACCUGAAUAAUGAUAAGAAUAGGUUUGCCAUUCAUUGGUUUGCCAUUCAUUGGUUUGCCAUUCAUUGGUUUGCCAUUCAUUGGUUUGCCAUUCAUUGGUUUGCCAUUCAUUGGUUUGCCAUUCAUUGGUUUGCCAUUCAUUGGUUUGCCAUUCAUUGGUUUGCCAUUCAUUGGUUUGCCAUUCAUUGGUUUGCCAUUCAUUGGUUUGCCAUUCAUUGGUUUGCCAUUCAUUGGUUUGCCAUUCAUUGGUUUGCCAUUCAUUGGUUUGCCAUUCAUUGGUUUGCCAUUCAUUGGUUUGCCAUUCAUUGGUUUGCCAUUCAUUGGUUUGCCAUUCAUUGGUUUGCCAUUCAUUGGUUUGCCAUUCAUUGGUUUGCCAUUCAUUGGUUUGCCAUUCAUUGGUUUGCCAUUCAUUGGUUUGCCAUUCAUUGGNAAUAUUUGUGGGGGGGUGGGGGGGGGGGGGGGAAAAGUUUAACCAAAAAAAAAACAAAAAAACAAAAGUACAUGUAAUUGAAACGAAACAAUGUCUGUUCCAUGUUCUAUGUUGAAGGCAUCAUCAGUUUCUUUGCAUGAAUAUAUUCCUAUAGAUGACUGCCCAUAUUACGUCACUCACGUCCGCGCGAGUGUCUUUCAUCUUGAUGGUGACCUUUCUGGCAGUCGGGCGUGUUCGGAUGUAUCCUAACGGGGCGCCAGAAGAGUCUUGCAGCGACAUGAUACCCCUGCAUCACGCAGACGAGGACAACAGCAACACGCCCCUGCUACAACCACAGACCACCACUCCCUACUACACUGUCCUCGUCAGCACUACCGAUGUUGAGCCGAAUGGCCAUGUUACAGGUGAGUGACAUCAUGUAGGUACAAAUGGCCAUGUUACAGGUGAGUGACUUCAUGUUGGUACAAAUGGCCAUGUUACAGGUGAGUGACUUCUUGUUGGUACAAAUGACCAUGUUACAGGUGAGUGACUUCUUGUUGGUACAAAUGACCAUGUUACAGGUGAGUGACUUCACAUUGGUACAAAUGGCCAUGUUACAGGUGAGUGACUUUAUGUUGGUACAAAUGGCCAUGUUACAGGUGAGUGACUUCAUGUUGGUAGAAAUAGCCAUGUUACAGGUGACUUCAUGUUGAGCCUAAUGGCCAUGUCACAGGUGAGUGACUUCAUGUUGGUACAAUUGGCCAUGUUACAGGUGAGUGACUUCAUGUUGAGCCUAGUGGUCAUGUCACAGGUGAGUGACUUCAUGUUGGUACAAAUGGCCAUGUUACAGGUGAGUGACUUCAUGUUGAGCCAAAUGGCCAUGUUACAGGUGAGUGACUAUAUAUUGAACAUCCUUUAGCUAACAAGGUUACCACAUGAAAAUGCUAUUUGUUUUUGUAAAUGAAGAAAUAAGCAGAGUUCUUUUGUUCAAAGUAAAAACUUGUUAUUCUAGUUUUGUAAAAAGACAUAGUAGGCCCCGCAUUCUUUACCCUUUUCAACACUAAAAAAAAAAAUUUAGAAAUUAAACAAAUCACAAGAUUACUAAAAUUGUGAUGUUUCAAACUUGUAAGUUUAAGAUUGAAUCUCUCUCUCCUCUGUCAUCCCAGUGACCAUCAGCGCUGACCAGUCCCACGACUACGAGGGAUUUUUCCUCCAGGCCCGGAGAGCCAACGACACGAGUGGUACACGGUACGGGACGUUCACGGCGGACAGCAGCAACAACGUCACCACCAGAUGUGUAAGUCUGGACUGGAUGAUGACCUUGACUAGGAAAAUAUCGUAGCAAUGUAGACCCGUUCGUGUGUGUGUGUGUGUGCGUGUGUUUGUGUGUGUAUGGGGGGGGGGGGGAAAUCAUCAUAUAAAUUAAAUACAUUUUUUUACGUUAAUUGAGUUUGAAGCCAAAAAAUAACGUUGAAGUAGCUUUUGUUGUCAUUCACCCACACCCUGAUUGAUUAAGUGAUUCCUCGUCUGUGAAGAAAAGUGAGCGAAAUUUUCAAAGCAGUGCUUUACUGUCCUCAAUGGACACAUUUUAAUCUAUAUGCUAUGACCGACCCAAUCCCAACCCAAAAUAAUGGUGUGCANCCCCCACAAAACCAAAAAAAUAUAUUUCAUUUUUUUUUCAUUUUAAAAGCGUAUGUCCACGGUGAGCACUUAGUACGUUUACUUUAACGGAGUAAGCUCCCUCGAGAGUGCUAAAUUUAAUGAGCUGUCAUGUACAAGAUAAUGAGUAAAUAUUAUUCUCCUUGAUAGAGCUCCCAGGGAAUCACUCAUUCCAACAACGUGGAACGGUACAACACAUCCGUCGUGUGGAUGGCUCCUAGUACCAAGGUUUAUAACAUACAAUUCAAGUAAGUGUUGCCAGAGCAUGUUAAAGCUAUCAAUAAUGUUGUGCAUCGUCACCAUGCAGUGAAGCUAGUAUGACGCAUUUCCUUUGUGUGGGAGUGUGGGGAGGUAGAGGGUGGUAGGUAGAGGGUGGUAGGUAGAGGAUGAUAGAGGGUGGUAGGUAGAGGGUAGUAGGUAGAGGGUGGUGGGUAGAGGGUGGUGGGUAGGGGGUGGUGGGUAGAGGGUGGUUGGGUAGAGGGUGGUGGGUAGAGGGUGGUGGGUAGAGGGUGGUGGUAGAGGGUGGUGGUUAGAGGGUGGUGGGUAGAGGGUGGUGGGUAGAGGGUAGAGGGUGGUAGGUAGAGGGUGGUAGGUAGAAGGUUGUUUGAAAGUGGGCCUUAAUUGUAACAAUAACAAAGUUUUUCUUUUUGUUGUUGUUGUUUUUUUUUUAAAAUAAGUCUUUGGCAUAAGAGAUAAAUCGUUAAUAUUUGCUGAAAACAGAGACGAGACAUCGUUGGUGAAAAUGAAAAGUUUUCUUUUGUUAAAGAAAAGGGUUCGCUAUCGUGAAAUAAUUAAAACUCUGGUACAUUCUGAGUGAUCUCCCUUCCUUUGCUGUAAAUCAUUGCUCUCCCAUUGUCUAUCAGUCUAUCAAAACUUUGAAUGUUGGCCGGCCGGUAUGACAAGUUUCGAAAUUGACCCAAAGACUGGUGUCAUGUUUAUCAAUUAACAUGUUCUAGUGGUGUGGUGGUACAAAUGUCGGGUUUUGGUUUAUGGCAUGAAAUUUGAGUUUUGGGUCACGGAAUAAAAUUCCAGAUGCUGUGUCAGGCAUGAAAUCUCAGGUGUUGGGUCAUAACAUGACAUCUCAGGUGUUGGGUCAUGACAUGACAUCUCAGGUUUGAGUCAUGGUGCCAUUCAAUGUCAGGUGGUGUGCCAUUCAAUGUCAGGUGGUGUGCCAUUCAAUGUCAGGUGGUGCGCUAUUCAAUGUCAGGUGGUGGGCCAUGGUGCCAUGCAAUGUCAGGUGGUGUGCCAUGGUGCCAUGUAUUGCCAGAUGGUGUGCCAUAAUGCCAUUCAAUGUCAGGUAGUGUGCCAUGGUGCCAUUCAAAGCCAGGUGGUGUGCCAUGGUAAUUAAUGUCAGAAGUAAUUGUUAUCUGGCAUGAAAUGAGUAAAGACAAAAAGGUUUUAUCUGAGGGAAAACUCAGUUAUGAUCUAAUUGAAAUUAACCCAUUAAUAUUUAAUGUCUUCAGUGUUCAACCUGUCAAUUAACUCAUCGCAUUUCAUAGAAUAAAAAUGAAUCAUCAUUCUAAAUUUAAAAAAUUUAGACUAGUUUAAACAACUCAAAUAAUUUAUAGAUCUACUCUCUCUCUCUCUUUGUUCUUUAACCUUAUCAAACUUUUUUCUUUUUCCCCACCAGGGCCACCGUUGUCAAUAACUACUCAAUAUUUUUCACGAACAUUCACUCUCAAGUUUUGAACCCGUCAACGGGAUCAAGUGCGGUCGUGGUUCCCUCCCUUGGAUUGUCCCUAUUUGUGCUACUGCUACGUCUUAUUAAUCAUGUUCACUAAAGAUCACAGCUUGGAUCGUAUGAUCAUUAACUGGAACACAUUUAGCGCUCUAAACUACUUACAUUAUUCACGAUGUUACAUUUCUUUGUAAAUGGGAUAAAACUGUUCUACUGUCAUCGUGCGGCGACGUUUUUAAGAAAUAUCUCUUUUUGUUUAUUAUUUCUUUGCAUGUUUAUUUUCUCUUUUCGUCUGUUUGGAGUUUUAAUUGUAUUUUUAAAUUAUCGACUUAAACCCUUUUCAAUAUCGAAAUAAAAUUGCUUUUUUUUUAUUUACUUUUUAUUUCAUUUAUGAAGGUUGCCCGAGAGAAACGGAUUUUAAAAGAAAAAUAAUAAUUCUAACCUGCAUAUUAAAUGCAUGUUUUUCUACAAUGAUUGUGUGAAUAGAAACUUGGCGACAUGUACACUAAAAGUGUGCCUAUAAAAUACUUCUACUCUAAAUUCAGUUAUUUUGAAACGGUUUUAUAAAAACCACCUCACAUGCUCU